UGAGCGUAGAUUUGUGAAACUUCUAGAAAAGUAUCUGGCUUAUAGUAAAUGCCAUCAGUGGAAAUAAUUGUUAUAAUUAGAUAUUUCUGACCAUUUAAAAAGUGCCUCUUUCCCCCCCAAAUUUAGGAGGAUAUGGCAAAAAAAGUGGUCGUAGUAAAAAAUGGAGGGAGAUGCUGAAGCUGCCCCCUGUUAGCCAGUGCAACGAGCUUAGACAAUCCAUUGAAAAGGAUUACAGCAGUCUGUGCGACAAGCAGCCAAUAGGAAGACUUCUCUUCCGGCAGUUCUGUAGCACCCAGUACAGCCUGCAGCGGUGCAUUGAGUUCCUGGACGCGGUGGCAGAAUAUGAAGUCUCCCCCGACGAGGACCGAAGAGAGCGCGGACAGUUAGUCUUAAACACGUUCUUCAAUAAUGAGGUGGCAGAAUCCUCUUCCAUUCAAGGCUGGAUAAUGCCCUUUGAACGGGUGGACCACACUUCGUUGGCCCACGCAUCUACCCACGGACGCUGGGUCGCGCCUGCCUCUGGCUGUUGUAACACGGCAGCCCCUUUACCACGGAUUCCUGCCCGCGUUGUGAGAGCGUGCAGGCUGCGACUGAAGGAGAUCCCCUCCAAAGAGCUGUUCAAGGAAUGUGUCAGCAGGUAUAACUGCACGCCAUCUUCUUCUAGAGUUGUCCAUCGCUAUUUAAGUGGAAAGCCAUUUGAAGAAUACCAAGAGAGCCCAUAUUUUUCUCGAUUUUUACAGUGGAAAUGGCUGGAAAGGCAGCCAGUAACAAAGAAAACAUUUAGACAUUACAGAGUUCUAGGAAAAGGCGGAUUUGGAGAGGUCUAUGCCUGUCAAGUGAGAGCUACAGGGAAAAUGUAUGCCUGUAAAAAGAUGCUAAAGAAAAGAAUAAAAAGGAGGAACGGCGAAGCUAUGGCCCUAAAUGAGAAAAGACUCCUAGAAAAAGUGCAAAGUAGAUUUGUAGUGAGCUUGUGCUACACGUACGAAACCAAAGACGCCCUGUGCUUGGUGCUCACCAUCAUGAACGGAGGGGACUUGAAGUUCCACAUCUACAACCUGGGCAGCCCCGGCUUCAAUGAGCAGAGAGCGGUUUUCUACGCAGCAGAGCUGUGCUGCGGCCUGGAGGACCUGCAGAGGGAGCGGAUCGCGUACAGAGACUUAAAGCCUGAGAACAUUCUCCUCGACGACCGUGGACAUAUCCGGAUUUCAGAUCUUGGUUUAGCCAUGGAGGUCCCAGAAGGGGAGACAAUUCGAGGAAGAGUUGGAACAGUCGGCUACAUGGCUCCUGAAGUUAUCAAUAAUGAAGCCUAUACCUAUGGCCCUGACUGGUGGGGGCUUGGCUGUCUGCUCUAUGAGAUGAUUCAGGGACAUUCUCCAUUCAGAAGAUUCAAAGAGAAAGUCAAGCGGGAGGAGGUGGAGCGGCGCGUGAAGGAGGACACGGAGGAGUACUCCCCGCGGUUCUCGGAGGACGCGGAGUCCAUCUGCAGGAUGUUACUCACCAAGGACCCCAAGCAGCGCCUGGGCUGCCAGGGUGACGGAGCAGCUGGUGUGCGAAAGCACCCCCUGUUCAAGAACAUUAACUUCAAGAGGCUGGAAGUACACAUGGUAGAGCCCCCGUUCUGCCCUGACCGGAAUGCGGUGUAUUGUAAGGACAUCAUGGACAUCGAGCAGUUCUCCAUGGUGAGAGGCAUCUACCUGGACGCCACCGACACCACCUUCUACAGCCAGUUUGUCACGGGCUCUGUCUCCAUCCCCUGGCAGAAUGAGGUACUGCUUGUCAGCAUGACCGCUGCCCAAGUGCGGGUGACGGAUGAAAAUGACAAGGACGUGUGUAUGAUCGAGUCGGAAUGUUUCAAGGACAUCAACGAAAGUGAAAAUGAGGAAACUCAGGACUUGCGUCAGGAAGACAAAACCUGCCAACCAAAGCCGGCCCCCAAGCGAAAGAGAGGCUUCUUCCACAGACUCCUCAGCAGAUGGGGCUGCAUGAGCUAACCCCGGAGCCGCGAGGAGGAGCUGCCCGCGGGACUGUGCUGCCCGCGCAGAGCCAACCGCACGCCCAGGAGCCGGCUCAGUGCUCGUCCUCUCUGUGAAUUGCAAUAAACAGGUCUGACACAUCUUAAAACGUCCCGUGAGUCUGCAGGUUUUUCCACAUUAAUAGCUGAAUUGUCUUUUCACUAAAGCUGGCUUGAAGAAGAGGUCCCUCAAGGAUGGCUGUGACGUCCCAAAGCCCCUUGUGGCAGGGCUCAAGCUUCAUGUGCCCAUGGAGACGGAGGAGAGGGGGCCUGGGCAUCAGCCUGGAGUGUCCUCUCCUCCAGUGCUCGCAGGGAGCGGCCGGUCGGGCCUUCCUGGUCCAGGGCACGGCAGCGUUAGAGUCGCCCGUCUGCUACACGAUGUCACGAGGGUCUGCCUUCCUGAGAUGUUAAGGGCAGGGGCAACGACAGCUCCAGAACACCCCAUCCCGCCAGGCGUCCUGGGUGCAGCUGCUCUAGCACACACGGCUCCAGCUCCCACUCCUGCUGCUCUUGGUUGGGGGCUGUCCCACACCUGAGGCAGGAAGACGGUGACUGCAGAGAAGACGGAAAAGAAGACGGGUUGGAGCCGAUGCACUCUAGGCUCCAACCUCUCAUGGAAGGUGGGAGUCCGUGCUGGGGUACAAGCAGACUCUGAAGGAGAACCUGCAUUCUAGAACUUCCAGACAAGCUGGUCCGUCUCUCCUCACACACCCUGACGUGGAACUACAGAGGAAAGACACAGAAAACCAUAAGCAGCCGGAGAGGAAAAACCAAACCAAACCAUUACACUCAAAGGAGCAACGACUGACUUCUUAGGAACAAGAAUGAGAAAUGGAAGACAGUCAUGUUCAGAUCUUUAAUUUGCUGACAGGAAGUGUCUGCCAACCUUGAAUUCCAUACCCAACCAAAAGUCCAUUAAGAAUGAUGGCAAAAUGAUGACAUUUUCAGAUAAAUGGAAAUGGAGAGAUUUCAGCAAUAGAAGAUCCACUGUAAGGAAUUCUAAAGGGCAUUGUCCAUGCAGAAGGACAUGACCCCAGAUGGAAGAUGACAGGCAGGAAGGAAUGAAGAGGAAUAGAAAUGGCACGUAUGGGAGUCCGUGGAAAUAGAUGCCGACUGCUCACAACAGCAGUGACUGUCUCCAUUCCCUUUGCAGUGUGGGUGUGUGUUUGUAGAACUAAAAUGUGCUGGUCCAGUCAUUUGUCCCUCC